AUGGCUAACAUACCCGCUAGACUUGCUAUCAUUGCCGCAUAUAAAGCCGUAUUAGGUGAAAUCGCAUACAAAACUCCAAACAAGGCCAAAACAUUGGCGUGCUGGGUUACUUUUUCCGAUAAAAGUAAAUUAGUUAGUUUUUUGGGUAUCCCCGAUUCUUUAACGUGCCAACUUUUUGCUAAUCAGGUAAAGCCUGUUUUGCUGGGUAACCCUUUUUCCUUAUCAGCAAAUCAAGGUAUCGUGGCUAGAAAACCGACUACUAUGAAAAAUCCAAAGGUCGCUAUAACAGUUCAUUUAAUUCUAUGGCUAAGUUUCGGAGCCGCUUUAACUUCUUGGGCAAAAGAGACCGAUAAAAUAUUAGUCACUGGUUUAAAAAAAGAAGACUACGACAACAUUGAUUUUAGCAAAAAGUCCAAAAUUGCUCCGGACUAUUGGGGACAAACGGAAUAUCUUUUUGAGGCUAAAAAUAAAAAAUGGUCAGAUAAAAUAUUUCCUACUUAUUACCACGCCAUCAGCGAACUAAAACCCGAGGAGAUUGAAGAAAAGUUGGCUGCACAGCAAAAAAAAAAUCCCCGACUUCGUAAGGCAAAUUUUAGUGGCUCUAGCCUGGAUAGUCCCUCCGUAAGGUUUAAAAAUAUUGGUGGUUUAUACGAGGCCAAGGAAGAACUACAAGAAAUACCGGGCAACGGCAAAACCUUAUUGGCCAAGGCCCUAGCCGGGGAAUGGGCCGCCGACAUUCGUAAUACUUUUGCCACCGCUCGCAAAUACGCCAAAGAAAAAGGCGGUUGCUUUAUUUUUGUGGAUGAAAUUGACGCCAUUGCCGGCAAGCGGCAGCAUUCAAUAUCUUCCCACCACGAAACCCUCAAUCAAUUAUUAAACGAGUUAGACGGUUUUUCGCCGCGCGAAAAUGUGAUUUUUUUAGCCGCUACUAAUUCUUUAAUGACCGCGGGG